AUGAACGGAGAUUUUGACCAUUUGAAUCCGUAUGACCUCGCAGAGUCAUACGAUUUGGCGAUGGCGUGCUGCUUGUGUAUGUACUCUAGCCAUCGAGGUCACCUUAUCCGGCUGACCCAUCACUUGUCUCUCCGUCAUGCAACAGUGAUGCCUCCAAAGAAAGGGAGAACACAGCUUGCUCGCCAGAAGGCUGCCGUUGACGGUCCAGACCCAGCCUUCAUCACGAAAAGGACGCUGAAUCAUCUUGACGAACUCGAGCGAUCCAACUAUGCGGAGGCCACGUUUGCGGGGGAUGAAGCAGAAGGGGGCGGCAGAGCUAGAGCUCGCAAUGAGCUAAUCUCAGAUAAACGAACCGUGAAGAUGCCAGGAAAAUCGCCUGCCGCACAGAAGGGAAAAUCAACUCGGAACGUGAGGAACGUCUUGGUUUACCGCCAAACAUUGGCCGUACACCUUGAGAAAUCUAUGAUGCCUCCCGAUGUGCCGUCCUACCUGACUGCCAAGGCACCUCCCUCUCCCUACCCUCCCCGACUGAUCUGUACCGUCUGUGGCUAUUGGGGCGCCUAUAAGUGCCGACAAUGUGCAAUGGCCUAUUGCGACUUAAACUGCCAAAGUGUGCAUGCCGAAACACGUUGCGAAAAGCGAGUGGUAUAG